UCACAGUGGGCGGGACUUCCGGCUGAAGUGCACCCGGAAGAUUUGUCUGCAAGUUUAACGUUUGUCCAUAUGUUUAUCGGUUUACGCGGUUUCCUCUCAUUUAAGUGGUUGUUUUUUUGUUUUUGUUUUUUUUAGUUCUACGCAGUUGUAUUCGUAACAAUGGUGUCUUUAGAUUUCCUCGACGAUGUUCGUCGCAUGAAUAAGCGUCAGCUGUAUUACCAGGUGCUGAACUUUGGCAUGAUCGUUUCCUCUGCGCUGAUGAUCUGGAAGGGGCUGAUGGUAGUCACUGGCAGCGAAAGUCCAAUUGUUGUUGUUCUCAGUGGGAGUAUGGAGCCAGCUUUCCACAGAGGUGACCUCUUAUUUCUGACCAAUCGGGUUGAGGAUCCUAUCAGAGUCGGAGAGAUUGUCGUCUUUAGGAUAGAGGGCAGAGAGAUCCCAAUAGUACACAGAGUCUUAAAGAUCCAUGAAAAGGAAAAUGGAGACAUUAAGUUCUUGACCAAAGGAGACAACAAUGCAGUGGAUGACAGAGGGCUGUACAAACAGGGCCAACACUGGCUGGAGAAGAAGGAUGUGGUUGGACGAGCCAGAGGAUUUGUACCAUACAUCGGAAUUGUUACCAUUCUCAUGAAUGAUUACCCCAAGUUCAAGUAUGCCGUUCUCUUCAUGCUGGGUCUCUUUGUGUUGGUCCAUCGGGAGUGAGGUCAACAUGCAUCAGGAUACGAGAAGGAAAAUGGUGUCCAGGAAAGCUCAGUCAUGUCUUUCAAAACAGAUUUGACUUACCUGUUGUCCAAGCCGACCAGCUUUUUUUGUACCAUUUUGUUUGAACAUUGUUUUUUUGUUGUUUUUGUUUUUUUGUGUGUGAAGCAGAGCGAGGCUAAAUUUAAGUUAAAGUUGACUUAUUUGUAAUUCACAGAAUGGAAAAAAUGGCAUUCUUGAUGUAGUUUUUUUUUUUUUUCCUUUCUUGUUAAUACGUUUGUAAAAGAUGUGUUAAGUAUUAAAUAUGAACUAUGGUUGCCAGCCAUCAUGGCUUAUCUUUA